UCUCCCUUUCCUUCAUCAACACUCUGUCAUUCUCAAUCCCUAAUGUUCCACACAUGAAGUUGAAGCCUCCAAGCCCCUCCUUUUAUAAGAAGCCUUCAACUUCCUCAACAUUCAAAACACCAAUAACACAACAAUCUCACAAGAGAAUGAGCACAGAGGCUACAAGGGGGGUGGAGGGUUUUGCUCGGGAUGACACAGAAGACGCGGCGUGCAGGAGGUUCGAGAACUACUUGGUCGAGAUGAUCCUCGAGGAAGGGAAAACGGGAGACUUGGUGGACGUAGAAGAGCUUCUUCGCUGCUGGAAGAGCCUCAAGUCUCCCGUGUUCAUUGAUCUCGUGUCUAGAUUCUACGGAGAGCUAUGCAAGGAUCUGUUUCCCAGAGACAGCAGUGAAUUACUUCCCCGGGAUUCUACACAACAAUAAUACUUUCUUUCCUACAAACGAUUUCAAGUCUUCAAAUCGAUUUAUAGUUUUUACUGCAUUUACAAACAUUCUACGCACAGGUUGUAAUUAAUGUGAUAAACAAGGUAAAAAUGGGCAAUGAUGAAUGGGGAACACAAAAUAACUAAGAAAUUUACUAUGGAGUAUUAGUUAAGAUAUAUAUAUAUAUUUACAAUGGGAAAAGCAACAGAUUGCUCAUUACAUGAUUAGAACAUUGAAAGCGUUACCUUGAAGAAACAAGUUCCACCAACUACAAUAACAUCAAUGCAUUUACCCGAUC